AUGUAUGAAAGACCAGAAGGCAUAGAAAAUUGUCGAAUCUGGAUUGAUGGGUGUUUUGACUUUGCACAUCAUGGUCAUGCUGGUGCAAUGCUACAAGCCCGUCAAUUAGGUAAAGAAUUAUAUGUUGGAGUACAUUCUGAUGAAGAAAUUUUAAAAAACAAAGGACCUACAGUAAUGACAUUAGAAGAAAGAUUAGCAGCAGUAACAGCAUGUAAAUGGUCAACUAAAACAAUAAGUGAUGCACCAUAUGUAACUGAUCCAAAAGUAAUGGAUAAAUAUGAUUGUAAAUAUGUUGUUCAUGGUGAUGAUAUUACAACAGAUGCAAAUGGAGAAGACUGUUAUCAAUUAGUUAAAGAUUUAGGGAAAUUUGUUGUUGUUAAAAGAACUCCAAAUAUAAGUACUACUGAUUUAGUUGGUAGAAUGUUAUUAAUGACAAAGACUCAUCAUUAUAAAGAUUUAAAUAAAAACUACAAGGAUUUGUUGACGGAAGAUAAUUUAACAAGAUUUAAAAACUAUUCAACUGAUGAAACUGGUUUACAUGAGGGAUCAGGAGUCUAUUUGAAUUUACCAGAUGAACCCAAAUUAAAAACAAUUAUAUCACCAAAUUUUGAUAUCACAAAAGAAAAAUUAGUAUAUAUAGAUGGAGGAUUUGAUUUAUUUCAUCCAGGUCAUAUUGAAAUUUUAAAAAUUGUUAAUGAAAAAGCUCAAAAUCUUGGUGCAAAAGUAGUUGUUGGUAUACAUGACGAUUUAACGAUCAAUAAAUAUAAAGGUUUAAAUUAUCCAAUAAUGAAUAUUUUCGAAAGAUCAUUAUGCGUUUUACAAUGUCGUUACGUAAACGGUGGUAUUAUAUUAAAUGCUCCAUAUAAACCAACACCUGAUUUCUUGUCAAAAUUAGGUAAUGUAAUAAAAGUAUAUCAUGGACCAACAGAAAUAGAUGAAAAUGUUUACGACUCUAUAACAGAUUCAAACAUUUUUGAAGAAAUAUCAAAACAUAAAUUUGAUAAUAUGAAUACUGAAUUUAUUGUAAAUAGAGUAUUGAAUAAUAAAGCUGCUUAUGAAGAAAGACAGAAAAAGAAAGGUUGGAAAUCUGAAAUUGAAAAAGUUCUCAAGAGUAAAGAAUCAAGAGAUAUUCCUUCAAGUUGA